ACCUGGGAGCUGGGAUCCGGGGGCAGCUCAGGCCUCCUGCAGCCCUGCGGUUCCCGAGGCAGUGGAGGAGGUAGCAGGAGGCUGGAGGCCAGGGCUCGAGAAGAGGGCUCAGGAGGAGAUAGGGAAGGCAGGGGAGGAAGUGAGGCAGGCUCAGAGAACCUGGCACAGAGAGGGAGACCCAAAGAGAAGCAGGAGGCAGCUGGGCCAAGAGGGCGUGAGAGCUGGAGCCAGUCACACAGUCAGGGAGGAAAAAGGCAAGAGGGAGAGGCUGCUAAGCCAGGCAUUGUGCCUGCUGUGGAGACCCAGGAGGCGCUAGCGGGCAAGCGAAGGUGGCUGAGAGGCUCUGUGGCCAGACAAGCUCAGUGCUGCCUGGUUGGCCCCAACUCCAGAAGGGCUCCAUGGAGGGCGACAAGGGCAAGGGGCAAGACCCUUGUCCUCUUCAGUCCAUGCAAGAGCUGGAGAAGGGAGACAAGCGGGAAGAGCAGGGGUUGGGCCCCGAACCCCCAGCGCCCCCACAGCCCAGCGAGGAGGAGGAGGCGCUGAUCGAGUUCCACCGCUCCUACCGAGAGCUCUUCCAGUUCUUCUGCAACAACACCACCAUCCACGGCGCCAUCCGCCUGGUAUGCUCCAAGCACAACCGCAUGAAGACGGCCUUCUGGGCAGUGCUCUGGCUCUGCACCUUCGGCGUCAUGUACUGGCAGUUCGCCUUGCUGUUCGAAGAGUACUUCAGCUACCCCGUCAGCCUCAACAUCAACCUCAAUUCAGACAAGCUGGUCUUCCCUGCCGUCACUGUCUGCACCCUUAAUCCCUACAGAUACACUGAAAUUAAAGAGGAGCUGGAAGAACUGGACCGCAUCACGGAACAGACGCUCUUUGAACUAUACAAGUACAACUACUCCUACACUGUCAAGGCUGGGGCCCGCCAUCGCAGCACCCGCAACCUCAGGAGUGCUCUUCCGUACCCCUUGCAGCGACUCUACGCACCGCCUCCGCCCAACCCAGCCCGCUCGGCACGCAGCUCGUCUUCCAGUGUGCGCGACAACAACCCCCAAGUGGACAGGAAGGACUGGAAGAUCGGCUUCCAACUGUGCAACCAGAACAAAUCAGACUGCUUCUACCAGACGUACUCAUCCGGGGUGGACGCAGUGAGGGAGUGGUACCGCUUCCAUUACAUCAACAUUCUGUCCAGACUGCCCGACACCUUGCCAUCCCUAGAGGAAGAAGCCUUGGGCAACUUCAUCUUCACUUGCCGCUUCAACCAGGCCCCCUGCGACCAGGCGAAUUACUCUCACUUCCACCACCCCAUGUACGGGAACUGCUACACUUUCAACAACAAGAACAACUCCAAUCUCUGGAUGUCCUCCAUGCCUGGAGUCAACAAUGGUCUGUCUCUGACACUGCGCACAGAGCAGAACGACUUCAUCCCCCUGCUGUCCACAGUGACGGGGGCCAGGGUGAUGGUGCACGGGCAGGAUGAGCCUGCCUUUAUGGAUGACGGUGGCUUCAACGUGCGGCCUGGUGUGGAGACCUCCAUCAGCAUGAGGAAGGAAGCCCUGGACAGCCUUGGAGGUAACUAUGGUGACUGUACCGAGAAUGGCAGCGAUGUCCCUGUCAAGAACCUUUACCCUUCCAAGUACACGCAGCAGGUCUGCAUCCACUCCUGCUUUCAGGAGAACAUGAUCAAGGAGUGCGGCUGUGCCUACAUCUUCUACCCGAAGCCCAAGGAUGUAGAGUUCUGUGACUACCGGAAGCAGAGCUCUUGGGGCUACUGCUACUAUAAGCUGCAGGGCGCCUUCUCCUUGGACAGCCUGGGCUGUUUCUCCAAGUGUCGGAAGCCAUGCAGUGUGACCAAUUACAAGCUCUCUGCUGGCUACUCACGAUGGCCGUCCGUGAAGUCCCAGGAUUGGAUCUUCCAGAUGCUGUCCUUGCAGAACAAUUACACGAUCAACAACAAAAGAAAUGGAGUUGCUAAACUCAACAUCUACUUCAAGGAACUGAACUAUAAAACGAAUUCGGAGUCUCCCUCUGUCACGAUGGUCAGCCUCCUGUCCAACCUGGGCAGCCAGUGGAGCCUGUGGUUUGGCUCCUCUGUGCUGUCUGUGGUGGAGAUGGCGGAGCUCAUCUUCGACCUCCUGGUCAUCACAGUCCUAAUGCUGCUGCACAGGUUUCGAAGUCGGUACUGGUCUCCAGGACGAGGGGCCAGGGGGGCCAGGGAAGUGGCCUCCACCCCAGCUUCCUCCUUCCCCUCCCGUUUCUGUCCCCACCCUACAUCUCCACUGCCUUCUUUGCCCCAGCAGGGCACAACCCCUUCCCUGGCCCUGACGGCCCCACCGCCUGCAUAUGCCACCCUAGGCCCCCGUGCCCAUCCACUGGACUCCGCAGUGCCUGGCCCUUCUGCCUGCGCUCCGGGGGAGCCCUGAGAGAGCAGAAUGCUUCUCUCACCCAGGCCAGUGCUCCUGGGGAAACUGAAGAAUAGCUCCUCUUCAGUGGCACUGUCCACAGCUGCCCGACUGUCUUUGGUGUGCCUGAGGGAGUGGGCUAAGUAAGGGGCCCAGGAAGCUGUCCAGAGAAGGGCUAAUGAGCUCCUCUGAGCUGCCGGGCUCCUUUUUCUGAACACUGCUUUCCGCACAAGCUCAGACAAGUCUCCUUUUCCCUUGGAUCAGCCAAGCCAGACUUGGAGCUUUGACAAGGAACUUUCCUGGGAAACGACCAAGGAACAAAUAUAAACAAGGCGCAGAAAAGCAGCCACAGGUUUCCUACCCCAUGACCAGAGAUUGGCCCGGCCUCACCGCCUUCAGAGACACAGAUGUCUGCUCCCCCUCUUGAACUUGGGUGGGGAACCCCACCCAAAAGCCCCCUUUGUUAGUUCUUUGGCAAUUCCCCUUUCCCGACUCCCCACUGGGGGCUAGAGUAAGACGCGUGUAGUAAAGGUUUGACCAUUCGCCUUCA